AACGACACCGCUUAACUCAGCCUCAACUCCACAUAUUCUCACUUAGUAAUAAAUUCCACUCUGGAGCAGAAAAGGUGGAGACUGGAGAGGAGAGAGUACAACAGGGUUUAGGGUUCAUUAAAAAAACAGAGGAUUAAAUUUUUCAGAUUUCCGUUCAAGGAAGAAUGAGUAGAAGCUUAGGAAUACCGGUGAAGUUGAUGCACGAAGCCACAGGUCAUGUGGUAACUGUUGAACUCAAAAGUGGUGAACUUUAUCGAGGCACCAUGAUUGAAUGUGAAGAUAACUGGAACUGUCAACUUGAUAACAUUACCUUCACUGCUAAGGAUGGAAAGAUCUCUCAACUGGAGCAUGUAUUCAUUCGAGGGAGUAGAGUCAGGUUUAUUAUCAUACCAGAUAUGCUGAAGAAUGCACCAAUGUUUAAACGUCUAGACGCAAGAAUCAAGGGAAAGAGCGCAUCACUUGGGGUUGGACGCGGUCGUGCUGUAGCAAUGCGGGCAAAGGCUCAGGCUUCUGGAAGGGGAGUUGUGCCACCGGUGCGUAGGUAGAGUUUACUGAUAGCAGGUGCAACUGGUCAGUCUCAAGAUUUUUUCAUAGCAGUGAUUAAUGGGGAUUUCGGUGUAUGGUCUGAGACUUCUGUUUUGCAAUAGAGGACAUCUGAACCUAUACAUAAGAAACUGAUUUGAUUCUAGGAUGGCAGUAUUUUGCUAAUUUGCUUUUAAUGUUUAGAGGUACUGUAAUGUUUUAACAGCUAGUCUCUUGAGAGACUCUCUCUUUGAGAGAGGCCUAGCUCAUUAAAAAUUAAUACCUACUUACCGUAUUUUUAAUGUCUACUUACGUUAUUCUUAAUGCUUA